GUCCUGCAGAUCAGGGCAUUUGGCUACCCGAAGCGUCCCCCUCCAAAAGCGCUGGUGUCCAAAAAAAACUGGGUUCGAGCUUCACAGUAGUUACAGCGUAGAGACUUCUUCACACGACAUCAACGCUGCCAAGGCACAACCGCGCCCACGCAUUCAACAGAUACCUUAGACGGUGGAUGAUCUCGUAUUAUUAUACCACUAUACUCGCAGAUCGCCUACAUACUAUUUAUUUUGUAAGACACCCACCAACAUGAGGCUCACCGCCGACCUCAUUCGGGAUUCCCUCUCCUACCUCAACCCGCUCAAGGAGCGCGAGCUUGACCUCCGAGGACACCGAAUUCCCGCCAUCGAAAACUUGGGUGCCGCCGGCCCACACGAUGCCAUCGACUUUACCGAUAAUGAUAUCCAGGUACUCGGCAAUUUCCCCCUCUCCCCUCGAAUUACAACCGUGUUGCUAGCGCGCAACCGCGUGGCAAGCAUUCAAGCAUCGCUUGCCAAGUCGAUCCCAAACCUGACCAACCUCGUCCUGACGGCAAACAACAUUGCCGAACUAGCAGACCUCGAUGUGUUGGCCCGAUUUCCCCGCCUGACACACCUGGUGUUGGCCGAAAACCCUGUAACAAAGAAAGAGCACUACCGCUACUGGGUUGUAUGGAAAUGCCCGUCUGUGCGCUUCCUUGACUAUCAGAAAGUCAAGGAAGCGGAGAGGGAGAGAGGCCGUGAGCUUUUCGGCACCGCAGAGGAACCCACAGCACUUGCGACAGAGAUUAUGCAAAGUCGAACCACCAACUUCGAACCUACUACAAACGGUGGCGCCGAGUCGAGGUCACGCCUUUCGAGAAUCAAGUUGACAGACGAAGAGAAGAAGCGCCUACAAGAAAGAAUAAAGAAGGCUACUAGUCUGCAGGAGAUUAUAGCUCUGGAGAAGGAGCUGAAUGAGGGACGUAUCCCGUCCGGCAUCCAGGGCGAUGCCAUGGAGGAAUAACUUUUGUGCUUGGUCCUCGUUGCCGUUAUUUUUACGCGCUUCAGUAUAUCACGAUUGGCUGGGGAAAAAAUCAUCUCGUUCGGGCUCGAGAUUUACGGAGUUGGUCGAAUUUUAUAUUAUGAUGAACUUGACAAAUACUUUAUUAUUUAUGCUAUUGCUGAUACAUUCGUUCGUGCCGUCACAAACCAUGGACCAGGAGAUGUAGACUCUAGCCUCUCAUUUCCACGUCGUCAUCCUGCGUAUGAGCUGCCUGCCGCAUCUCCAGUUCGAGCUGUUCAUUCGGGUCGUCCGGGCGGUCGUCGUUGCGGAGCGGUACGCUAAAUGUGCUUCCUUCACCGUUGGUAGCUGCCGGUGCGGCUGUGCCAUUUGUAGUAGAUGCGUCCAGCGUUGCUUGCAGGCCGUCUUCAGAAGUCAUCUUGUCACCGCGAAGCUUGGCUUGUGUUGCAAAGGCGCUGGCCUUGAUCUUCUUGAAGGGUACGGUCUUGGGAACAAUGUCUUCGAGGAACUCGAGGUUAUCU